CCAAAUUCUUCUGCAUUCUCUUUGUGGCAGAGAGGGGGUGGUCGCUGCAGCAUCACCACCAUACUUUCCACUGCAUCCCUGUACCACCAUCGCACCUUAGAUUAACAUGCAAGGAGCACGCUAGUAAACAAGUAAACAACACUUCCAACAAUCCAAGGACAAACAUGAUGAGGCGUGACUGGGACAGGGGACGAGGCGGUAAUGGGAGCUCAAGGCGUGGGGGCCAGCCUCGAGCCACAAUGGAGUCCGCCAUGAUGGCACUCAACAGGCCUACUCCCCUGCAGAUCAACCCAUUUACUGAACUGCCCUACACGCCUCGUUACUACGAAAUCCUCAAAAAACGUCAGCGUCUCCCUGUGUGGGAGAACCGAGAGAAUUUCACCGACAUCCUCAUGCAUCACCAGUGUUUCGUCCUGGUUGGGGAGACCGGUUCUGGGAAGACCACACAGAUCCCGCAGUGGUGUGUGGAAAUGGUGCCCAAGAGGGCAGUAGCUUGCACCCAGCCAAGGAGGGUGGCAGCCAUGAGCGUCGCCCGGAGGGUGGCUGAUGAGAUGGAUGUGAUGCUGGGCCAAGAGGUGGGCUACUCCAUCCGGUUCGAAGACUGCACCUCUGGCAAGACAGUCCUCAAGUACUUGACUGACGGAAUGUUGCUACGGGAGGCCAUGAACGACCCACUACUGGAGCGCUACGGCGUGAUCAUCCUGGAUGAGGCCCACGAACGCACGCUAACCACGGACAUCCUCAUGGGGGUUCUUAAGCAGGUGGUCCGCCGGAGACAUGACCUCAAGGUUAUUGUAAUGAGUGCCACCUUGGAUGCCGGAAAGUUCCAGCUGUACUUUGACAGCUGUCCCCUUCUUACCAUUCCUGGACGCAUGCACCCCGUGGAGAUCUUCUACACGCCCGAACCGAAGCGGGACUACCUGGAGGCGGCGAUUCGCACCGUGAUUCAGAUCCACAUGUUUGAGGAAGUCGAAGGGGACAUUUUGCUGUUCCUCACCGGACAAGAGGAAAUCGAGGAAGCCUGCAAGCGAAUCAGGCUGGAGGCAGAUGACCUGGGGCCCGAUGCUGGCAAUAUCAAAAUCAUUCCGCUGUACUCCAUGCUGCCCCCCCUGCAGCAGCAGAGGAUCUUCGAGCCGCCCCCUGCAAAGAAACCGAAUGGCGCCAUCGGAAGGAAGGUUGUGGUGUCAACAAAUAUCGCUGAGACGUCACUCACCAUAGAUGGCAUUGUGUUUGUAAUUGAUCCGGGAUUUGCCAAGCAAAAGGUGUACAACCCCCGCAUCCGAGUGGAGUCGCUUCUGGUGUCGGCCAUCAGCAAAGCGUCUGCCCAGCAGAGGGCAGGUCGAGCUGGACGGACGCGUCCUGGGAAGUGCUUCCGGCUGUACACAGAAAAGGCUUACAAGACAGAGAUGCAGGACAACACCUACCCAGAGAUUCUCAGGUCCAAUCUGGGCUCGGUAGUGCUGCAGCUAAAGAAGCUGGGCGUCGAUGACCUGGUACAUUUUGACUUCAUGGACCCGCCAGCUCCAGAGACCCUGAUGCGAGCCCUGGAGCUGCUCAACUACCUGGCGGCGCUGAACGACGACGGCGACCUGACAGAGCUGGGCGCCACAAUGGCCGAGUUCCCGCUGGACCCUCAGCUGGCCAAGAUGGUGGUUGCUAGCUGUGAAUUUGACUGCUCUGAUGAGGCGCUCUCCAUCACCGCCAUGUUGUCAGUCCCGCAGUGCUUCAUCCGACCCCCCGAGGCCAAGAGGGUGUCCGACGAGGCCAAGAUGCGCUUUGCACACGCCGACGGAGACCACCUCACUCUUCUUAACGUCUACCACGCCUUUAAACAAAACCACGAGUCCUCCCAGUGGUGCUACGAAAACUUCGUUAGCUACCGCUCUCUGAUGUCUGCUGACAACGUACGGUUUCAGCUGUGCCGCAUCAUGGAGCGCUUCGGGUUGCCGCGACGAAGCUGCGGACACAACUGCAGAGAGUACUACACCAAUAUCCGCCGCAUGCUGGUCACCGGGUUCUUCAUGCAGGUUGCUCAUUUGGAGCACACGGGUCACUACCUGACCGUGAAGGACAACCAGGUGGUACAACUCCACCCUUCCACCGUGCUGGGCCGCAAACCCGAGUGGGUCCUCUACAGUGAGUUUGUGCUCACCGCCAAGAACUACAUCCGCACCUGCACACACGUCGAACCCGAGUGGCUGCUGAAAAUUGCCCCGCGUUACUACGACAUGAGCAAGUUCCCUCAGUGCGAAGCAAAGAGACAAUUGCAGCGGAUCAUGGGAAAGCUCCCUCCGUUUUAAAUAGUAGAGAAUACACUUUUUAUUUAUGUCGAUGUUCUUUUUGUCCAUAAUAAUUGCAGACAUUGCUGUUUAUUUGUUCACUUAAUAAACAUGAAUUUGUUUUUAAAAAAUUGUCCAGUGUGUCAGUACGGUAU